AUGGCCUCCGAAACUUCUGUGCGUCUAGGGACGCCCCCUGACCGUCUGUGGAUCCAGAAGCCUGGCAUCUACGAAGACGAGGAAGGGAGGACCUGGGUGACUGUGGUCGUGCGGUUCAGUCCCUCGCACAGGGAAUGGGCCAGGGCCUCAAACACCCAGGGCAGCGCCUCCCAGGGCAGCACAUAUGAACCCAGCAUCACGGUGCACUUGUGGCAGAUGGCAGUGCAUACCCGGGAGCCACUCUUUUCCGGCCAGAUGCCCUUCUCCCAGCUGCCCCCCGUGUGGCAGCUCUACCCCGGGAGGAAGUACCGAGCAGCCGAUUCCAGUUUCUGGGAAAUAGUGGACCAUGGCCAGAUCGACUCCAUGGAGCAGCUGGUCCUCACAUAUCAGCCGGAGAGGAAAGACUGACAGUGGGAGUGGCUGGUAUGUUGGGGGCCCGUGCCUCUCGGUGCAGGGAUCAGACGAAAGCGAGAAUACUUCUCCUCUUUUCAGAAAGACGGCAUGGCCUCCUUCUCCUCCCUGCUGUUUCCUGAGAUUUUUCUUACAUAGCCACCUGUCACCUCUGCUCCCCAGCCCCUUGGAUGUGAUGGUCUACCGUGGGUGGGCCCCUAUAAUAAGUUCCUAAAGCAUGGGAUCUCAUCGAAUAAGAUUAAUCAUUUAAUCCUUGUGAGAAUUCUGUGAGGUGUACAUGUUAAUGACCCAUUUCACAAUGAAAAGACUAAGACUCUGGGGAUGGGAAUGAUUUCCUUGAGACCGUACAGCCAGGAAAUAGCAGUGAUCAAGCUCACAUCUAAUGAUCUCAGGUCCCUAGACUUAACCAUGGCACCGAGGUGCCAUGCGACCGUGGCCUUCGAGGACCCAGCACUGACCCACAGAGGGCUCCUCCCAGAUGGGCUGCAGCUUGGAGCAGGCCAGGCAGGGCCUGGUCCAUUGGAGGGGCUGGCACUGGGUUUGCCUUUGACCCCAGCAGCUUGGAUGGGGUGCCAGGCUCCUUCAUAGUUCACUGACUAUCUCCUUUGGUCUUCUCCCAGGCCCUGCUGGCCCUGCCCCUCUGGCCUGGUGUCUCCUCGUGCCCCCUCAGUGAGGAUCUUCAUGUACCGUCUUCUGUUUGCACACCCAGCAUAGCCUCCUUGCAGGCAGGAGGCAGUGGGGCCCCUGAACACUCAGCUUCUCUCAUUUUUCUCAGUUAUGAGUCCUGUCCUGUCCUGCUUGGAUCUGCACUUAGGGCAACUGGCCUGGAUGGACUUCACUAGGGUCCCUGUCUGUGCGCUGAGCCAGUUUCCCCUGCUGGCUGCAAGCUGUGGGUUCUCUUUCUCCCCUGUGCCCCUCAUGCUGAUCUUCUAGAUGCCACUCCCAAAUUGCCUUCAUACCCACCGGGAUGUGUGCCCAGCCAGGCCUCCGGCACCCCCAGUGCAGCUCGUGAUUGGAAACUCACCAUCAGCAGGCAGUGGCUCGGUUUAAGAGACGGCCGCAGAGGGAGCCCAGUCUGGAUAUGGACUCGGAUGCCCUGUGGGUAUCAGUUCUGCUGACACUUUGGCCCAAAAUAGAUCCAGUGCUGAGCCAGUAGUGUACACCAGAGCCUCAGUGAGCCCAUCUGCACAGUGGGGAGCGUGGAAGGAUGGGUUUGGCCUGUGCUUCUGCUUGUUCAGUUCUUCAGCUCACGAAGGGAUGCUAGUCCAUGAAGGUGGCCUCGCAGUACUGGUUAAUUAAACUUUAUUGCACACUGUCCA